AUGACCAAACAAGCUGCUCCACCCACUGUAGUGGGCUCUCUGGCUUGCCAGAGAGACUCUUUUCUCAGCAAGAGCUUCCCUACCACCGUUUUGAAGUGUACGGCUGUAACUGCCAAGAACAACGAACAAUACGAAAUCGAGUUCCAGGACACGAUCCUGUUUCCUGAGGGCGGUGGACAACCGGGCGACUCAGGCUUCAUAAUCGUGAAUGGUCACCUCGCGGAGGCUCAAAAGAUAGCUGUAUCGCAGGUCGUUCGUAAGGGCUUAUAUGCAGUGCACUAUGUGGACCAACCUGUGGAACCGGGCACGCAAGUGCUCUUAGAAGUCGACUGGAAACGUAGAAUGGACCACAUGCAGCAGCACACGGGCCAGCAUCUGGUCAGUGCAAUCCUGGAGCGCGAGUGGACGCUCAAAACGUUAUCGUGGUCCAUGGGUGGAGUCUCGUCGACGAAUAGAAAAACGGCCCCAGAGCCCAGUGCUCUGUUCAACCAGAUUGAAAUCGGCCGCAAGCUCAGUGCUCAAGAGUUGGCUCGGUUGUCGGACCUGUGCAACGAGUACACCACGGUGAAAGCACAGGAAAUUUCGGUCGUUCGACAAAGCUCUGACGACGCUGAAAUCGACGCCGAAAAAGGCGCCAUGCGGACCGUGCACAUUGGCCAGCUCGAUGCCAAUCCAUGCUGCGGCACUCAUUUGCAGAACACAGCGCAGAUCGGUCCCAUUUUGUUUUCGCCAUUCCAGUCCUCUGUCAGAGGCUCGAACUUCAGAAUCCAGUUCAUGUGCGGCGCACGCGUGCUGAGAUAUGCCAACUUCACCCACGAGCUUGCUGGCCGGUCCAAGGCACUGUUGUCGUGCACUGAGGCCGAAAUUCCAGAAAAGAUCGAACAGCAGCGGAGCACUCUACAAAAGGCUACGAAAAAGGAGCAGUAUUUGACGAAAAAAAUGGCCGAGUUUGCCACAAGCUCGCUCGUUGACGCUCUAAAUGCAGAACCACCCAACAAGGCACAUUUAUGCUUGGAUGAGUUCGGCAAUGUGGCCAUGUUAACUGAAAUUCAAAAACAGCUCCUUUCGCAGAUCGAAAAUAACAAAAUCGAGCACUACAAAAUUGUGCUGUGCGCUCGCGAUAAAGCUACCAAUUCUGGCGCCGUUAUGAUCUUGGCAGACUCGGGAGACGACCUUUCUGUCAUCGCCUCUGAUUUGACCAAAAUAGCUCAGAAAUUGAAAGGCGGCGGCGGCAAAAAGGGCGGGAAAUGGCAGGGCAAAGUAACAGAAUUUGGGAAUUUGGAAUGGGAGUCAUUGACUAACUAUUUGGACGAGAACUUCUAG